AAACCUUUUGAAAUCUUUCUUUUUAAGUGAUUUUCAACGUUGUUGAGUGAAGUUAAGUAACAUUUUGUAUCAAUAACAGCUUACAUAUUCAAUUAGGCAUACUAAACGUUAAAUGAAGCCAUGAACAAUAUUCCUGCUAUACUUGUUUACAGUUUAUAAGGAAGUCACUGCCGGGAAAAAUUGAAGGACUCCUCCUUCAAAAGAAAAAAAACCCACAGAAAGUAGUGACAUUUUAACUCAACUGUACUGAGAAUCAUAGACGUACCACACAAGGUUUGGCCAUUGUUACCUACUGGAAGGUUGAAGUACUUCACUUCCAUCUGCAGCAUGACUCUGACAGUGUCUCAGGGUGAAGGUUUGACGGUCAUCACCGUCACCUCAAACCCAAAGAGCAAAUGGCCCGUACUGUGUCAGAUUCUGGGUUUUCUGUGCUACAGUCCAGUGUGUUCUGUAUCUCAGGGUAUGAAAGGGAAGCUGAAGGACGUCCACACAGCUUUUGGAAUUGUGCAGAUGAUAAUUGGUGUCCUCAAUAUAGCGGUGGGGAUUGUGUUUACAUGCCUCGGGGCGUGGUAUACCAUGAUGAGAAUAGCCAAUGGACCCUUUUGGCUCGGAAGUGUGUUCCUUGUAGUUGGAAUUGUGUGCAUUCUUACAGCGAAGUUUCCCACUUCUUGUCUGAUGGUGAUCGGGAUGAUUCUGAAUGUAGUCAGUGCUGCGUUGGCAAUUACAGCUGUUGUACUGUAUUCAGUGGACCUUGCAAAUGAUCAUACAUAUAAUUCCUGUAAAGGCUACUAUUAUUCAUAUUAUAACACGGAUUCAGCUGAAGAUAAUUGGAAAAAAGAGACAUGUCUGUAUUACCAGAAUCUCAGUGAGAUCAUCUUCAGAGGACUAGAUAUCAUGAUGAUAGUGCUGUCGGUCCUUCAGCUCUGUGUGACCAUCAGUUUCAGUGUUUUGACUGGAAAAGCUCUGUGCAAGAAGGAUGAAGAUGAAAAGUCGGUGGAGGAUCCAGAACGUUACAAGCCGCUCCUGGAAGACGCCACUGUUGGUGCUGCAUGACAAGAUAAACACUGAAAACAAAGUUGUUCUUUGUGCUUGUAAUACAAUGGCAUUUUGUAGUGAAAUGAUUUAAAGCAGAUCUCCUCAAUCCGCAACACUAUUAUAUUACAUGUUUACUUACACGUUUUUUUUUCUUUUUAUAAAAGUGUCAUCACUGAUCUUUUUCUCUAAACAUGUAGAUUAGUGGGUGUUACCUUUUAUCACCUUUUUUAAUUUCAUUGUGAUCUUUGGGACUACUUACUUAAAAAUAAAUUACUGCAGCAUUUUGACAUCAA